AUGACUCAGAACGGCAGCCGGCCGCCUGAAGUCCUGUCCUACUUCAUUAUCCAGGGCCUCAGCAAUCUUGGGGAGACCAGGAUCAUAGUUUUCUAUAUCUUCCUGGUGGCUUACAUCUUCAUCCUGGCUGGAAACAGCAUGAUCAUAUUCAUGAGUUUGACCAACCCGAAGCUCAGCUCCCCUAUGUACUUCUUCCUCCACAAUUUGUCCCUGGUCGACAUCCUGUAUACCACAGUCACCGUCCCCAACAUGCUCUCUGGAUUAAUGACCAAAACCCACACCAUCUCAGUCCGUGGCUGCUUCGUCCAGAUGUACUGCUUCAUCCAAAUGGCCGUCACCGGACGGGGCAUCUUAACGGUCAUGGCGUACGACCGCUACAUGGCCAUCUGCAACCCGUUGCACUACACGGCGGCCAUGACCAGGCCCUUCCGCUGUGUCCUCAUCGCAGCGGCCUGGGUCUUUGGGGCCAUAUGCAGCCUCCCCGGGACGGCCCCUUCCUGGAACAAGACCUACUGCGGCCCCAACAUUGUGCGCCAUGGCUGGUGCGACCCGUCAUCCGUCAGACGUUUGGUCUGUGGUGACACCUAUUCAGACAACAUUCUCUCACUCUCCUUUGCCUUGGUGGCUCUACUGCUCACCGGAGUGCUUAUUGUGACCUCCUACAUUUUGAUUGGCUUGUCGUUAUCCAAGAUGAACACGGCUGAAAGGCUCAAGGCCUUUGGUACCUGUGCUGCCCACCUGACUGUAGUGUCCAUCUCCUACGGCUCGGCCUCCUUUGUUUACAUAUCUUACCGUGUGGGAAACUUCCCUGCAGAGGUCCGCAUCAUUGUCUCUGUUUUGUACACGGUGCUCACCCCCUUCCUCAACCCGGUCAUCUACAGCCUGAGGAACAAGGAGCUGAGAGACGCCAUCAAAAGCACCUUCUGCAGGCGUCCUGCGCUAGCUGCCAAAAGGCUAAUCAACACAGUCUAUCCCUGA